CCAUCUAUUUCAUAUCUCGGCCGCCGUGAAAGGUUUUAUAAGGCGGAGAUAGAAUUCCUGGGAGCUCUCUUCUUGGUCGUCCAUAGAGGGAGUUGGCCUUCUUCACCCGGAAACUGACGUCCUUGAAGGCCUUGGGUCGGGGAUUCCCAAGGGGGAAGGCAACCAGAAGACGAUGACGUCACUGAUAACGAGGAAGAGGCUCUCGGACAUCACCAAUUUGACGAGCAUCAGGAGGUCGCCAAGAUCCAAAGCGGAGGAUCAAGAAAUGGUGAAGGCCGUACCCACUGUGAGUGCUAAGAAUUACAUUUCCCAACUCCUCACGGAAAAUUCCGCUCUUUCGAAGAUAAUUGAGGAGAAAAAUAAAAUCAUAGAUAUGAACGGCAUCGAGUUGCGGAAGCUCCGAUUCAUGCUGCAGAAAGCACAUCAGCAGAAUGCACAGUUCGCACAUACUAACUCUCAGAUGCUAGCGGAGUUCAAUUUAGGUAAAGACAGAUUAAAAGCAAUGCAGCAUGAGCUUGGAUGCAUGACAGCAGCUCUCAGAACAAAGACUUUAGAACUGGAGGAAGUAAAGAAACUUUAUAAACAACACAAACAACCAUACAAGAAUAUAAACAUUGUGUUUAAGGAGAAUAAAAACAAGUUGGCAGAGUUUGUGCCAGACGCAUCCCAUCUAGCUAGUUACCAGAAGGCUUGCAGUCCCAAUGGGAAGCGCAAACUGAGAAGUCGAUCCCUAGGAACUACUACAUUACCUCAACAAGUUGCUGCAAAAGAGAAGAACGAAUGCAGAAAUAGCAGGUCUUUGAGAAGGAGAUCCAGUAAUCUGAAUGCUGAGCAUUGUGAACCUACCGAGGGAUUGUUCGAAAUAGAGGAUAUAAAAUUUCCAAUCCGUUCUCUGACCAGUGACCCCAUGCAUGAAGACAAUUCUGCUCAGCUAGAACCUUCCUCAGCUCAACCCAAAUCAGAUGCCAUCAUGAACCCUGUAAAGGUUGAAUUACAGGAAGAAAAGAGCUCAUCAAAAGAUCAUCAAGGGUCAAGGAGAUCAUCACUUGGAAGGCCUAUGCGGAGGGCAGCUGAGAAGGUCAAUUCUUACAAGGAAGUGCCUCUCAAUGUCAAAAUGAGAAGAAACGAGUAAGUGGUUAGAAGAGAUGCUCAACCAGGUGAUGACAAGUCCAAAAUUGACAUGCUCAUCCAUGUUGUAGGAUGCAUGAUACAGUUUGAUUUUUUUGUACUGAAUUACCUUAGUGAAGUCUUAACUGAUAGAGGUUUUGUAUUUUGGUUAUUGGUAAAUGAUCAUGAUACUGCCUCACUGAUUUUGAGCAGCACUCUUAUUCUGGGUAUUUAGGAAAAUUGAUAGAUGCUUUUGAGAAAAUUAUACUAUCCUUUCAACUGAAUGCAAGUUUUUGGCUGCUGCCUUUAUGAACA